AUGCAACAAAGAGUUUCCAUUCUCGGCGCUGGACCCGCCGGCCUCGCACUCGCAGCCGAUCUCUCGCGCCACGGCACAAAUGUCCUAGUUUAUUCACACCCCUCGCAUACCUCCCACUCUUCUUCUAUCCUCUGCAAUGGACAUCUCGAACUCUAUUCUCCCACUUCCAUUGAUUCUGCAAAUCCAAAACUCACCUACGAUAUCCACGAUGCGGUUUCCUUUUCAAAAUUCCUGAUUCUGACUGUUCCGUCUACAGGACAGGAAACCAUCAUGCGUGAAUUGCGAAUUUUUGAUUUGGAGACUCAUACUAUUAUAGCUAUACCGGGAAAUUUGUUUUCGCUUGUUUUUCGGGAGAUGCUAGGGGAUAUGAAGGUGAAUUGUGUGCUGGAGACGAAUUUAUCGCCGUAUUCGUGUAGGAUGAGUGGGGGGAAGUUGUCUGUGUCGGGGAGGAAGAGUCGAUUUUCUAUUGCAGCGUUGGGGAGGAUUGAUGGGGGGCUGAGGGAGGAGGUUAGAGGGAUUUUUCCAAUGGAGUUGUGUUGGUGUGAGAAUGUGAUGGAGGUUUGCUUGGGGAAUAUUAAUGGGGUGUUUCAUCCGGUUAUGAUGUUGAUGAAUGCUGGUCGCAUCGAAAGUCCAGGAUCUUUUUUCCUUUAUAAAGAAGGACUUACUCGCUCGGUAUCAAAUGUUGUUCAAGCAAUCGAUGCUGUGCGUCUUCAAAUCGGGAGCGAGUUGGGAUUUAAACUCGAUUCUGUCCUGGAUGUUUCGAAUAAAUGUUAUGAUCAACAUUUCUUAGAUUUAGUUGAGCUAGCGAGAAAAUCGGGGCCGCAUAAUGGAUUGCAAGCGCCGAAUGAGAUGGAGAAUAGGUUCAUUGCGGAGGAUGUGCCGGAUUUGCUGGUGCCGUGGUUGGUAUUGGCGGAGGGGCUGGGGGUUAGGGCGGAGAAGGUUAGAGCGGUGGUGGAGUUGGCGGGGAUGGCGGUAGGGAGGGAUUAUUUUGAGGAUGGGAGAGGGUUGAGGAAGUUGGGGUUGUUGGGUUUGGGGAGGGGCGAGUUGGUGAAGAGGUUUGGGAGGGUUGGAUGA